AUGACAGGGUUCGAUUUCUCUAACUACAACCGCAAUGCGGCUCUCCACGCCAAGGGAGUGCCUAUGCCUAAGGCUACCAGUACUGGUACCACGAUUGUAGGCUGUAUCUUUGAUAAUGGCGUUGUGAUCGCGGCAGAUACCAGAGCUACCAGUGGACCUAUUGUUGCAGACAAGAACUGUGAGAAACUACACUACAUCGCACCCAAGAUCUGGUGUGCCGGAGCCGGUACAGCAGCAGACACCGAAUUUACCACAGCUUUGAUUAGCUCCAACGUCGAACUGCACUCCCUGUCGACGGGUCGCCCCCCGCGAGUAAUUACUUGCAUGACCAUGCUGAAGCAGCACCUCUUCCGAUACCAGGGACACAUCGGCGCCUACCUAGUCGUAGCCGGUGUCGACCCGACCGGCACCGGCCUUUACACCGUCCAUGCCCACGGUUCCACAGAUAAGCUUCCAUACGUCACUAUGGGCUCUGGUUCAUUGGCUGCUAUGUCCGUGUUCGAAUCGACGUGGAAGCCCAACCUUGACCGCGAGGGAGCAAUCGCUCUGGCUGCGGAGGCGAUUAAAGCCGGUAUCUUCAAUGAUUUGGGGUCAGGUAGCAAUGUCGACGUAUGUAUCAUUGAGAAGGACAAGCCUACGCAGCUUCUGCGCAACUACAUGAAGCCCAACGAGCGUGGCCAGAAGGAGCUCGAUUACCGGUUCGCCAAGGGUACAACGGCCUACUUGAACCAGAAGAUUAUCACUAAGGAAGACAUGAAGAAGUACGUUGCUGUGGAAGAGGCUUCUGGCGAUCCUAAUCUGAUGGAAGUGGACUCGUAA